AGUGCAGACCAUUGGAAUACCAACAGAUGGGAUGUGUCAACCAAUUUAAAGUACGACAACUUAAAAAAAAUAAAAUAAAAUAAAAAUUCGUUUGGUGCACAGCCGCGGUACAUGCGCUAACUUUUAAUCGGAUACUUUUCUGGAAGUUGUGUUGUUGAACAGCAGCACAUGGAGUGAGUUGGUUUGUUGUGGAGCUACUGUGCCAUAUGCUUGCUGGUUACUGCUGUCACACAUCUGAAAUGGAAACUCUCAGGAUCGUGUUGAACGGGAAAUAAACCAGGACUGACUUUAACCAUGGCGACAGUGGACUUCCAGCAGGGGGAGGAGUCAAGUCCUUGCAGCACUGCCCCGAUGGUUACCACAGGCUCCGCCUCCAGUCCACAGAGCGAAGCAGUAACCAAUGAGCUGCAAGAACUGUCUCUUCAGCGUGCCUCCAACUUACUUCCUAUUCACGAGAGGAAGAAUGUGCUCCAACUCAAACUUCAGCAGAGGCGGACUCGAGAAGAGCUGGUUAACCAGGGGAUCAUGCCACCACUGAAAAGUUCUGCUUCCUUUCACGAGCAGAGACGCAGUUUAGAGCGAGCCAGGACUGAGGACUACCUGAAGAGAAAGAUCCGCAGUCGUCCAGAGAGAUCUGAGCUGGUCAGAAUGCACAUUCUAGAAGAGACGUCAGCGGAGCCCUCCCUUCAGGCCAAGCAGCUUCUGCUGAAACGAGCACGUCUGGCAGACGAUCUGAAUGAUAAAAUCUCCCAGCGGCCCGGCCCGAUGGAGCUCAUUCACAAGAACAUUCUCCCAGUACACAGCAGCCUCAAACAAGCCAUCAUAGAAACAGAGUUUCCAAAGGUAGUUGCAGAGAACUCUUCGUUUGAUGAGGAAAGCAGUGACAGAUUCUCUCCGGAUCAGAUACUUUGUCAGGAUUCUCCUCUCGGCCCUGCCCACUUACCUUCUCCACCUGAGACACUGGCCAAUAAAAGCACACCCAAACAGGUUCCGCCCCCUCCUCCUUCCAAACCACUGCCAAACACAGCUAGCCCUGCCCCUCAACUGAAACUAGCCAAUGGGACAACAGGCCAAAAGCAAGCAACUGCAUUGCAAAAGGGUGGUAAAGGGACUAGUGAGCGCCCUGGUCAGCGUUCUAAGAAGGUGCGAGACAAUAAACCAAAGGUAAAGAAGCUGAAGUAUCACCAGUAUGUUCCUCCGGAUCAGAAAGCCGAGCGUGAACCUCCAGCCCUGCUUGACUCCUCCUACGCCAAACUCCUCUAUCAGCAGCAACUCUUCCUCCAACUACAGAUCAUCAACCAACAACAGCAAAACUACAACUACCACACCAUCCUUCCCGCCCCACCCAAGCCUCCAGCUGAUCAACAGCCUGCUACAGCCAAUGGCCCUUCACAGUCCAGCAAUGCUCCGCCCCCUCAAUCAGCUUCUACUAAUUCAACUAGCCAGAAUCACCAGACUACUGCAAAUGGAGGCGGGAUUAAUAUAGGGCCUUUGCCUUUCAACCUGGAAGAAUUAAAGGUGGCAGGGCUGAAGCAGGAGUUAAAACUGCGAGGAUUAACCGUCUCAGGCACCAAAAACGAUCUUAUUGAACGGUUGAAGAAUUUUCAGCAGCAACACGGUGGAAAUGCCAUCACUAAUGUUCCAACAUCAUGUAAAACCAACAAAGCCCAACCUUCAGCCCCUGUAGUGGGAGGAGCCUCUUCCCCUUACCAUUCAACAGACAGCAGCAUGAUGGUUCCUACCUACCCAUUUGUUAGCAAUGUAGAAAGGGCGCGAGCUCAGACUUCAGCGCCACAUAUAAUGCAGUUUGGCAGCACUAGCUCCUCCCCUCCGGUUUCCCCCACCCACUCUGAACGCUCAUUGGCUGGAAUGAGCCCAGAUGAAACAAGUUGUAAUGGGGAAGCUUUUGGGGAAAUGGUGACCUCUCCUCUGACCCAGCAUUUCUUGCAGCGUUCACCUCCUCUCCCCACCACGGUCAGCAUUAAAGAAGAGCCCGACAGCCAGACGCUUCCGUCCUCCUGCUGCCUGGUGACCCAGUCUACUGCUCCCCCUAUAGACAAGGACCAAAUGCUCCAGGAGAAGGACCGGCGCAUUCAGGAGCUCACGCGCAUGUUGUUGCAGAAGCAGCAGCUGGUUGAAUCACUGCGCUCGCAGCUGGAGGGCAAACAGGUAGGUGCGCCAGUCCAGGUGAAAGAGGAACCUCCUGGUGUCACCGUGGAGAUGGUCAGGGUGACCAUAAAAGAAGAGGUCAUAGAGUUGGAGGAGGAAAGUGAGAUGGUAACAAAGCCGCAGGUGUUCCAGCAGCCAGUGCAGGCGCAGACGCUUACAGCAAACAAGACAGAGCAAAACCGGCAGCAGCAGCUCAUAAUGCAACAGAAUCAGCAUAACCUGCAGCAACAAGCACAUCAGAGGAAGAGGAAAACAAACAAACAACAACAACACAACCAGAUGCAAGGCAAACUGCAACAACAAAAAGAACUGUUGCCUCAAGCACUUACCAACCAACAGUCAAGUCCCGCUUCUUCAUUCCCAGUGGACAUACUUAAAUCUAACUCUCCCCCCACAAUAGUGACAGAUAGCAAUGGCAACCAAUUCCUGCUAACACUGCCCAAUCAAAACACAGAGACACCAGCCAGAGGCCGCCCCCAGGGCAAAAUAACCAAUCAUAUCACUGUGCAGAGACUACAGUCCACACCCAGCCAGUCAGUCACUGAAUUACCUAAAAACAAUAGCCUAUCUGAAGAGCCUAUACAAACUGUCAUUUUGAAACAGCCAAUUAAAAAGGUAUUAAAGCCAGAACUAAAAGUGUCAACCAAUUACAAAGCGGCAAACUUUACAGCCAUCUCAGCACCGCUCAAUCGCCAACCAUUCUUCUCUUCAGUGGAUUCCAUAAACAACAGUGAACCGGCCCGCUCUUCUCCCAAUAACAAUGAGAACAUGUGUCUGAGCUUGGACCAGCAUGCUUUGCUCUCCCCUUCUACCUCCACUUUGUAUUCACCCACAACUCUUUGUCAUCAGGAAAAUGGCUGCAAUCAACAGGCUGGUGACCUGUUUGACAUCCUAAUUCAGUGUGGAGAAAUAUCAGAGAAUUUCAAAGCUGCCCCUGAUCCUGUUCUAGAACGGCUCCGCCCAAACACGCCCCUUCCUUCCAGCUAUGCCCCUCUCAAUCUCUCCACCCCUCUCUCUGACCGGCCUACCAAAACUUUGAUUUUAGAACUGCAAGCUCCCUCGUUCGAGACACGCAGCAGUAGUGACUCAAGAAGUGGGCGUCUUGAAGAUUUCCUGGAAAGCACUACUGGCAAACCGUUGCUGGGAGUGGAGCCAGGAGGACCUACGACGCUAAUUGUCGACCUUCACAACCAAAUGCUCAGCACUCCAAGUAUCCUAGACCUUCCACGGUCCCCAAUGGAUACAUGUGAUCUGAGUUUUUCUUGUAACUCGCCGUCAGAUUUGGUUGACUCAGCCCCUGCCAGUAUGGAUUGGAUGGACAGUACUGGACAGUAUGGAUUGAGCGGGGCUGGAGGAGAGGGUCCAGAGAUGGUAUAUAUGAACGCACAAGUCUCCUCUAGCUUAUUUUCCACAGACUUUCUCGACACUUCUGAUCUGCACUGGUCUAAUUUAUAGCCCAGUGGGACUUACGAUUUAUCCAAGGCUCAUGGUUAGAUAAAUAUCUUCGGAAAGGACCGAUCAUAGAUUAGCUUUCUUCACAACAGGUUAUAUAUUAGUUUCCAACAGUUACUUUUUCACUUAUUCAACAACUACGGAUUCUUUUAACCAGGGUUGGGGAGGAACGGAAUACAUGUAAAGGGAUUACGUAUUUAAAAUACAAAAUAUAAGUAACUGUAUUCCACUACAGUUACACUUUAAAUCAUUGAUAAUUAGAAUACAGUUACAUUCAAAAAGUAUUUUGAUUACUGAAGAGAUUACUUUGCAUUUUAUUGUCAUUUGUUUCAUUUAAUAUUUAGUCCUUUCAGAUGGAAAACAUUUAUACAUAUAAUUGAUGUGAUCCAAAGUGCAUUUGAACAGCGGUGAAACACUUUCUUAUGAUGUGUUACAUUCAUACGAGCAGACAGAGAAGUAAGUUUGAAGUAAGUUUGGAGCAGAAGAAACAGAAAUAAAUCUUGUGUAAAUUGUCAGCUUUACGCUAAGUUAAAAUGCUAUUUCUAGCCAUUUUACAUGCACAUGUUACCGGGCACGAUCAUAUUUUUUUAUCAAGUAAAUUCACGUUAGAUCAUAAUUUCUUUUUUUCUAGUAAGACCUUUGAUAUUAGGGCAAAAAUCGUAUUCUUAAUCAUAAUAUUUGUAUUGUUUUCCUGUAAAAAUAUCUAAAAAUCCUUAAAACAAGUUCAGUUUGAUUUAUCUUGUUUUAGAAACAACACUGCAUAAGAUAUUUAGGUUUUUCAGAGAAUGUAUUUUUAACAUGUGUAUUUUGUCUUACUGUACUGACAGAGUUUUUACAGUCAAAACAAGUGAAAAAAUCUACCAGUGCUGAAGAAGUAAUCCAAAGUAUUUAGAAUACGUUACUGACCUUGAGUAAUCUAAUGGAAUACGUUACAAAUGACAUUUUACAGCAUGUAUUCUGUAAUCUGUAGUGGAAUACAUUUAAAAAGUAACACUCCCAACCCUGUUUAUAUCGGUUUAGCCAACUUUGAUUACUCUAUGUUACACUUUAACCAAUACGCACACCCACCCUUUAUAUUCACACUUGGCGUCCCCUUACAAAAAUUGAGAGUUCAUGGCAAAUUUGUCGCAAAUUCGCCACUGAUCAUUUUCACAAGCAAAUGAGCUUUGCGGCAAACUUGCGGAAAAUUAUCCAUUGUUGCCAAAUGUUUGCUGCAGGUUCACCACUACCGGUGAAGAGCUGCAAACUUUGGGCAAAUAUCUUCGGCAAAUCACAAGCUCAUUUGAAUGUGAAAACAAUGAGUGGCAAAUUUGUGGCAAGUUUGCGGCUAGUUUGCCAGCCCUGUAGAUUUUUUGUAAGGGUCAUCAUGAGGUCUAUUCAUAGUGUUGUUUUUAAAAUGUCAUCUGUUGUACAUUAGAAUGAUAUUUAGCAGAUGUUUGUGCAACGUUUACAAGUUAUAAUGCAUGUGAACUACUCUUUCUAAGAGACUUAGCUGCUGUUUGUACACAUCUGAUGCUUAAAAAGAGCGUAAUGCUGUAGUGAUGAUGCGCUCUUUCACAUUUGUCUCGGCGACAUACAUGUUUUUACUGAGACAGUCAUUCAGACAAGAAAUAUACAUGUUUUUUGCCUUAAUAUUGGCAAAUUCACAUACAGUACGAGUUUUUUAAGCAACUUAUUUUAACAAUUUAUAAAUCCAACAGUAACGGAUAAUAAACUGCUAUUUGAGCUUGCUCCACCAAAUAUAACUGGCCAAUUUUUGCAUAUUGGUUAUCAAAUAUGCAUCUGAAUAUUAUUAUUUCUAGUAUUUUGAUAUAUCAUACUGCAUAAAAUUAGCAUAUGCCAGGAAAGGUCUUUUAAAACCUAAAUGUAUCAACAGCUGGUAACCAUUAAAUAAGCUGUUAAUUUGUUUUUUUUUUAUGUGCCAGAACAAUUUGCUAUUUCAUGAGCUAUGUAGAUCGCAGUAAACUAUUAGCAAUUGCGGCAUAAGUUAUAGUACAAAAAGUAUGCUACUUUAGAAAAAAAAACAUGACAGUGUGGAACUAUGAAGAUGUGUGAAGACACAAGGUUAUUUUGUUGCUGAGGAAAACCUUUUCAAACCUUGUUUUUUCUUUUCCUAGCAGGUUAGCAUUUGCUAGCCUUGCGACUUAAUGAGAAAAGGUUAUCGCAAUCUGAAAACUGAGUGUAGAACUCUGAACAAAGUUAAGUCUUGUGUUACUUAUUUUUCUAGCUAGUUUUAUGUUACAACAUACAUAUGCUUACCCUUUAAAAAAAAAUCUAGAGUUCUGACAAACUUGCCACAAAUUUCCCACUCGUUAUUUUCACAUGCAAUUGAGCUUGCGAUUCACCGCAAAUGUUUGCCAGAAGUUGGCCGCUCUUUCACCGGUAGUGGUGAACCUGCAGCAAUCCUUUUGCGACAAUGAAGACUUUGUGGUGAAUUUGCGGCAAGUUUGCAAAAGCUCUCGAUUUUUGUAAAGGAAAUCGUAUGACAAAUGUGAGGAAGUUUUUGUCAUCUUAAAAAAAGGUAUUUCUGCUUCAGUUUUUUGUAGACACAAUAACUCCAUAUAUCUUGCCCAAAACUUGGGUGGUGUAUAAGACACAUCGAGUGCUAGAAACUUACUUUAUUACAUUACAUUGCAUUUUAAUUUUGUGUUUACAUGUUUUUUUUUUAAUCUAAAUUUAAGAUGCCUGUACCUUUCAAACAUUUUGCGUUCAUCUUGAAAUGGGAAAUGAAAAAAUAUGUUUUACUGUAAAUAUGCUGCAUUGUAUAUAAACGUAACUGUUAUGCCCAUCGCAGUACACAAUGUACUGUAUGUACUGCACUGUAUUUUAUCAGUUCUCUGUUGGCAGAGUUUUGAUAAUAGGAUUAUGAGCCAAUGAGUUUAUGAAUGUUUCUAAAAAUGAUUAAGAAUGUAUAGAUUUUAGUGUACAGAAGAUUCUAAACAGAUAUAGCCAAAGUGAGGCAUAAUCACAUCUAAUCAAUAAGCAAGAUUUAAUUUACAAGGACCCUCAAACACACUCGUGUAUAUUUUUUAUGUUACUCUGUAAGCGCUUUAUGCAUUGCAUGUGUUUUCUUUUUUGUGUGUGUGUUAUUGCAUAUUGCAUAUCAGCUCAGGAACCUACGAAUUGUACAGUGUGUGUGUGUGUGUGUGUGUGUGUGUGUGUGUGUGUGUGUGUGUGUGUGUGAGAGAGAGAGAGAGAAAGAGAGAGAGUGAUGUCAUUUGGGGAACAGCAUUACUGUCUGCAGUAUUCACUCUCUCCAUCUGUCUGAAUUUGCACUAACAGGGUUUUGGCUGUGGUCGAGCCCAAAUAAAACUUCAUAUCCAGUC